AUGGAUGAGCAGAUUAUAUUCUGUGAUGGCUUCGAGGUGGUUCCUUCGCCCGAGAUAAACGAUCUAAUUCUUUACGAAUGCGACCAAUCUUUGACAAAUAGCGAGGUCACCACCGACGAAGAAGAAGACACUAUUUUUUCCGGUGGUGAUAGUUCAUCGGGACUUGCAGCUGAAGAGGAUUCGUCUGGAGAUAAACCUCUCUCUUUCUACAUUGUUAAGCAACCUGUUUACGAUAAUCCCGAGAUUAAAGCCAAGAUCGAUGAAGCUAAUCAGGAGAUUUUUCGUUGUAAUGAACUCCGAAUCAAUGUCUUGAGCGCCAAGAAAUCCGAACUGGCUGAGGUUUCGUCUUUGUAUACUCAAAUGGAGAGUUUGGUUCCUCAAUCUGAAGGAUAUAGAAUGGUUAUUGAAGAGAAGAAGAAGGAGUUUGAUACUCUACUUGAAGCUCUACGGAAUCUCCGGUGCACUACUAGUGAUCAACUUUGUUUUACAAAGGAGGAACUUGAUCAUCUUAGUUAUAUAGCUCAGUAUCAGAUUGAAUAUGGUAGCAUUGGUUUGGAGGAAGAAGAUUGGAUGCUUAAGGAGACUGAGAAGCCUGAUGGGAUCAUUCUAAGUGAGAAAGAAGCUUCCAUAAAUCGUGUCAAGUCUAUGGCUUUGGAAUUGAAUGAAGUAAAGAAUGAGCUUGAUGCGAUUACUUGGAAGAUAAACGACCUAAGUGACAAAUUGUGGAAGAGUCAAAACAACAUUAGGGUUUUGGAUUUGGAAAAGGCACACAUACUUGAGAAGAGGGAUAGAUUUUAUGCAAGGAUUAAGAUGUUGAGGAUACAACGAGACAAAGGAAAUGCUGCAUUUUUCCAGAGCCUUUCUGUUAUGUGUAAAGCUAAAGAAUUGGCUGCUUCUGGAAAUGUUAGAGAGCUUGAAGUGUUUGCUAGCUCUGAGGUUGAUAGAUUCAUGACUCUUUGGAAUGAUGAUAAGGCUUUUAGGGAAGAUUACGUAAGAAGAAUCUCGCAUUCACUAUGUGAAAGAGAACUGAACGAAGAUGGCCGGAUAAAAGAUGCUGACCUUCAGAUUUUUUGGGAAAAGAAAGUGCCGGUUAAGACUAUAAAGCGAAGCGAGAAGGUUCAUAAGAUGAAUAGAGAAGAUUCAAGCUCUAACUCUUCUGAAGAUGGAAAUGUAAUUACAGAUAAACGAAAGAAAGAAACGAAGAGUGAUGUUAUAGUGUAUGAGAAACCAAAGAAGAAAGAAGAAGAGAUCGAUGAAGAAGCUUUGAAGGAGAGGAAAAGAGAAGAGCAGUUAGAGAAAGCUCGGUUAGUGAUGGAAAGGAAGAGGAAGCUGCAAGAGAAAGCUGCUGCUAAAGCUGCUAUAAGAGCUCAAAAGGAAGCUGAAAAGAAACUCAAGGCAAUUAUAUUAUCUUGUUCCCAUUUUUUCAAUGAGUGUGAGAAAAAGGCGAAGAAGAAAGCUGCUGCAAAUUCUACUUCUCCUUCAGAAUCAGACCAAGUAAUCAAUGAUGAAAAGGUUAGGACAUUAGCAGUUUCAGGGAAAGAGAAACACCAAAAGGAGAGAUUGUUGUUUCCAAAGCAGAGAAGUUUUAGGUACAAACACCGCGGAAGCGGAACCGAAGCUCUCCCUAAGGCCAUCCUAAACCGUAGAAAGGCUCGUCGAUAUUGGGUUUGGGGACUUUCUUCUGCUGCACUUGCGGUCUCGCUCGUCCUUGUGGUUUUACUUCUAAGGUAA